AUGGCAACCUAUGAAAGGGUUGGAAAUGGUGUUGCUGGCUCCGGUACUGGCCCGACCAUCCUAGAGGAAGAGACUUGGCUCUACAAGCCGAGCAAAGCGACCGGCCAAGCUCUGAAUGGCGAUACUCUGACGCAAUGGUUACGAAGUGUGUUUGAAUCACCUUCAUCCAGCUUUUCAAUCUACCGAAAAGACCUGCUACUCCGCUUAGAAGCCAUUCUCUUGCGCCAGGUGACUGGGGUGCCCCUCCUGGCUAAACUCAGUGGCAGUGUGCCUUCGCUUGCUUGUUCUGAUUCUGCCGAGGCCUCUUGUCAGCAUUUGCAGCACCAAAACUAUCAUCAUCAGCUGUUGGCACAGCGUACCUCGCCAGCAGGACGGUCCACUAGUCGGCAUCUUUCGGAAGUGUCCAAUCCACUUUCUAGUUUGCAUGGCCCUCUUCUGGCUAGCUCUGCUUUCAACGGCGCGCUCCUCUCUCGACCUCUCGGUGGAAGUUACAAUGGACCCUGUGUGAUGGCUGGUAUCGGCAGCCUCGGCGGCUGUACUAACACCUUUAAUAGACCUCGUCGCGUUCAUCGGCCAAGUCUGUCGCAGCAACAAGUGUUGCCCAGUCCUCUUUUGCCGAUGCAACCAAAUGUGGGACAAUCUGAUUUCGUUAUCUCUCCGCUUUCCACCUCAAAUUCGCGCACCAGCCUCAAUCAACUGUCGAACCAACUGCCAUCGACUGGUCCUUCCGGAAUGGGCCGCGAGCAAACCGGAAGUAGGCAUCUUGUAUCUUCUAUAUCAAAUCCCGGCUCUUGUGAAGAACUCGGUCGGUUGUCUGGCCAACAGGCUGCCGAUGUGCACAGCAUUGCUCGUCUCCAAGAGGAAAAUUUGAAGGCACAUGUUGCUGCACUGGUUGCCGCACGUCAUGGAGGUAGCCAGGCCUCCAUUAUCUCUUCGAAUGGCGGCGGAGCUGAGGGUGCCCGUAGCUCGAGUAACCCAGGCAGCCCCUAUGGUAGCAACCAGCGUCUCAACAGUCAGCCUCAGCCGGGCUACAUCAUUGCACUCACUGGUCCUGGCUCAACUGGACCUACGUCGGUCCCUGGUCAUACUCGCCAACAGUCUGCUUCUCCUCCUCCUCUUCCGCAUGCCGUUUGGGACUCGAUUGCUCCUUCAGCAUCGGCAGCGUCUAGUCGAACUGUGCCGUCUGAAGACAUGGCUGGUACCACAUCUGGUUUACCAGCUACGCAAUUGCUGCGUAACCCGCCCUUCUGCGCAAGCCUUCAGAGUCCGCAGACAUCGGCUUCUAGUCAUUCUUUGGCGUCUUCAUCACCAACUUUUAAUGCCUAUAUGAAUCGGCGUCCUGUGGCAGACGGAUCGGUUCCACCUCCAACGAAUCGUCUUUCCCCAGGGCCACUGCAACCGACACCUCCUCUGCCUCCUUCCUACCAAGUUGGCCAGACUGCCUCAGCUCAGGCGCUAUUGAGGUGCUCGAUUCCUGCUCCAAAGACUGGGGCAGUUCCUUCCAGACGGUUGGCGCCCUGUACACAGACAGGUUACGAGCGUCACUAG